AUGGCUACGCCACCUGUCCGACAAUGGGGUGUUACACCUCCGAUCUCGACCGUCCUGCCUACCAAGGAUGAGCUUUCGGCGAACGACGAUCUCAUUGCUGAGCUCAAGGCUCAGAACAACUUCGAGCUACCGACUGAAACGGAACGGAGGAAACAAGUACUCCAGUUACUUCAGCGCGUCACGGUAGAAUUUGUUCAAGUCGUCAGUCGCAAGAAGGGUCUGUCACCUGCUGCUGUUGAGGCUUCUGGGGACUGGGUGUAUACGGACCAGGUAGGUGUUCAUCUAUGUAUGGAUCCAAGCUCUCGUGCCCGUAUUGACAAUAAAUGCUCGCAGGCUCCGAUAUCGAUACCCUAG